AUCAUCUCUCACUGACACGGUGUGUUGGGUUCUAUAUGUCGAUACUAGAGGUGCACAGUGAUGUAAAUUAGUAAGGCAGGGCUGUCUUUGUUCCCAUCUUCCGUGUACUGUCUUGAGAAGUACCAACAGAGAGAUCACAUUUUUAUCCUCUUUCGUUAUUUUGUCGCUAAUGUGAUACAUGCCAAGCAUGAUGUACAAAGGACCAGUGCUUUGCUUUGUGUUUCUUCUGACAUUAUUUGGAGUUUCAAAGCAGACAGAUGAAGGUUUUGUGCAGGAAGUCCAGCAAAACUACAAAGAUCGUCUGAACAGUAAGCUUGAACAGCAAGUCUUGAGAUACAAUCUCCAUGAAGUGGCCUUCAGGGCUUAUGCGACCUAUUUUGAUCGCGCGGACGUCGACCUUCCUGGUUUCAGCCAUUUCUUCAAGGCCAGCGAGCAGCGCAUGAGGGAGCAAGCAGUCAAUAUGACCCUCUACGUCAAUAUGAGAGGGGGGCGCAUUCGCUUCCCUUCCAUUAAACUGAAGGACUCCUGCAAAGACAUCAGCCAAUCGCUGCAGCAGCUCGGUGUCACGAAAGCUAUGGUCACCAAGUCCGAGACAGUGGCAGCAAGGACCAACCCUUAUAUCUGCAACUUCCAGUCUCUCACUCCUUUCAAGCCGCAAAAAAAGAAGACGGCGGCUUCCAAGAAGUGGAGCUGGUUUCAAUACCUCACCAGACAGAAAGCCGAGUCUGCACAGUCCAGAGAGAACUCCAAGCACUACCUGGAAGACUAUGCUGAGGUUCAGAUAGAGAACAUUAAGUCGACAGCGGAUCUGCUGCACAGGCUGAGGGCAUACAAGGCCGAGGAAGAUUAUCCGCUGGGUGAAUACCUCAUGGACAAAGAGCUCAGCUCCUAAACCACGCCGAAGAAUUAUCCUUUUGGAUUAAAAAGAAAAAGCUGUGCAUGUUGCACUAAAAAUAAAAGGAAACAAGAUUUCGCAAGCCCUUUCUCUUAUUGCUCUAUUUUAACAUUUUGUUUUUCAUCAAUAAAAAAGUCGUUUUUGUUCGUUUA